AUGUCUCGUUCUGGCGUAACAGUUAGAGCUCUACGUUCCCUGAAGCAUCUCCACCCAGCCAAAAAGGGCUCCAAGUUUGCCAUCAAGGCGCCCUCCCAUGCUACCCACCAACCCAAAUUUGUUCAGCCAAAGGAUCGUGUCCCAUUCUGGAACAUUAUUCCUGGCGACCAUGUCAAGCUCAGAAAUGGUCGAGUCGGUGUCAAGGAAGGCCUCGACUCGACAAAAAAGAUCCGCGGCGAGGGUAUCGUCGCCAGCAUCGAUAAGCAGAAGAACUGGCUCUGGCUCAAAGAUGUCGACGAGAACAACAAGUUGGCGCCAAAACUUAUCCGACACGUCGUCCCGCGUUACGUCGACCCUCUUCAACCCGAAAAUGGCUACGGCCCCAACAUCACAGAGGUCCCUCGUCCCGUUCACUACUCUAACGUCAUGCUCAAGAUUCCAGGCUCAGACCAGUUUGCAGUACGACUCUCUCGUUCCGCCGUAAAGUACGACAAGUGCAGGGGCAGGUUCGUCUGGAAACGCUACGCCACUAUCAAGGCAUCGGAGCAGAAGUUCCUCGAGACCGGCAAAGCAUUCGAAAAGGUCGAGGUGCCUUGGCCAAGGCUUCCCAGUAAGCGCAAACUUCUUGACGACACCAUGAGCGAUCGCCAUGUCGUCGAGGCCGAGUCCUGGGCUCCUUGGAGGCCAGAGGACCCCGUCCUUCUCCCAGAACGCAAGGGCAUCACAUCACCUCAGUCCGAACGCCGUGCACAGAUCGAAACGCUUGAAAGGAGAAAGCUCCAGGCCUGGAAGAAGGCUUCCCUAGCUGGCCGAUCAGCACCCGCCGGCGCUUAUGGUACCUAUUCUGGCUUCAAGCAGGGCCGUGCCAAGCCUCCUCCCAUCCCUCAGCCUCCCACUCCAGCAGAGACUAUCCGAUCUCGCACCGAUGCAGCAUCUGAAUGGGCAAGUGGUUCCGCCAUCAAGGCGCAUCGUCAGGAAGGUGGUCUUUCGUUCUUGUGGCGCGACUACCUCGAUGUUACUCCACAACAAGGUCCUGCAAGUGGUGGUGAUUGGAGUGAACUUGCCGUCAGCACACACAUGGGCGGCCUUGACGCACCCAGAAGCCCGCAUGACGGCCGUCUCACCAACGGUGUUAGCCGUAACGACGUAGACCGGAUGCCGAUCGAACUGCUAAUGAGCCGCGAUCUCACCAACGAUCGCGGUCUCAAAUGGAGGAUGAGGAGAUGGAAGGAAAAGAAGGCCGAGCAACAACAAGAAGCAAUCCAACAACGCCGUACACAAUCCGAGGUGCUCAAAGAACUCGAUGCACUCAAGAUCUAA